AUGUCGCUUACUCCAGAUAGACAGACAGUUGACAUCAACUACAGCGCCAGCGGCACCGUCACUCCAGAUUCGUCAGAUUACUCGGUCAAGAUACAGCCAGAGACUGAGACAGUGCUGAGCGUCACUGGCAUGACAUGCGCGUCGUGCGUCAACAGCAUCGAAGGACACAUUGGCAGCUUUGACGGCGCCAUCAGCAUCAGCGUCGAUCUGAUGACAGCACAGGCGACAGUGCGGCACUACACACACGCCUUGCCCGUCGCCGACCUCUGCACAGCCAUCGAGGACAUGGGUUAUGAUGCAGCCGUGCUGAGCACCAAGACACUGGCUCCUGUCAGCGAUGCCACGAAGGCUGACGCCAAGGCGAUCCUCGGCGAGAGCGCAGUCGAGUCGUGGUUCAAUGUCGAGGGCAUGACGUGCGGGUCGUGCGUGGCGACCAUCACAUCUCUGCUCAAUGACCUGCCGGGCGUGGAGGCUGCCGAUGUGCAGCUUCUCACAGCACAGGCAAUGGUCAAGCACAUUCCGCGUGAGAUUGGCGUGCGUGAGAUUGCCGAUGCCCUGACGGAUGCCGGGUAUCCAGCGACGCCGCUGGACGGGGCAGACUCGAGCAGCGCAGCUGAUCCGUCGACAAUGGCCCUGCGGAACCUCGAGAAGCACCGGAGGCAGGCCAUGCUGCGCUUCCUGUGGUCGCUGGUGUUUGCCAUCCCCAUGCUCAUCAUCUCCAUGAUCAUUGACAUGGCGCUGCCGUCGUCGAACCCUGUGGCAAAGGCAUUCCACCGCAAGGUGUUCCAGAAGUACUCGGUCUCGGUCAUCUGCACCUUCUUCAUCGCCACAGCCACGCAGUUCACGCUCGGCCUGUUCUUCUACAAGCACGCAUACAAGUCGCUGGUGCGUGCCAAGACUGCCAACAUGGAUGUGCUGAUUGCGCUGGGCACCACCGCUGCCUACGCUGGCUCGAUCAUCAGCGUGGUCUUGCAGCAGGGUGCUGGCGAGCAGUUCUUUGAAACCGCUGUGUUCCUGAUGACGUUUGUGUUCCUCGGCCGCUGGCUCGAGGCAAUCGCCAAGGGCCGCACUGUCGGCGCUGUCGAGGCCCUGGUGAAGAUGCAGCCCGACGAUGCCCUGCUGGUCAAGCCCGGAGCCAAGGACGGUGCCGACGACUUUGCCACGAUCAGCUCGCGCCAGAUCCAGCUCGGCGACCUGCUGCAAGUCAACAACGGCAUGCGCGUGCCGUGCGAUGGCGUGAUCGUCCGCGGCAACACCGAGAUCGACGAGUCGCUGCUGACUGGCGAGUCGCUGCCGGUGGCCAAGGGCGAGGGGUCGGCAGUGACCGGCGGCACGCUGAACCUGUCGCAGUCGGUGCGGAUGCGCGCAACAGCCAUCAACGAGUCGUCGACGCUGGCGCGGAUCGUCAAGCUGGUGCGGGACGCGCAGUCGAGCAAGCCGCAGAUCCAGGAGGUUGCCGACCGGGUGGCCAACCGGUUUGUGCCGCUGGUCGUCCUGGCGUCGGUGCUGGUGUUCUUUGUCUGGCUCAUCAUCGGUGCCACGGGGAAUAUCAAGGCCGACUGGUUGGCGUCGAAGCUCAUGGGCGGACUGGGCGGCAAGCUCUCGCACACCGACAGCAUGGGACAUAUGGACGAUGCACCGCCGAUGAAAUACCCGAUCUUUGCGCUCCUCAAUGCAAUCAGCGUGCUGGUCAUUGCGUGUCCGUGCGCGCUGGGACUGGCAGCGCCGACAGCGAUCAUGGUCGGCACGGGGCUGGCCGCUCGCAUGGGCAUUCUGGUCAAGGGCGGCGGCGCUACGAUGGAGGCUGCGAGCAAGAUCGACAUCGUCGCAUUCGACAAGACUGGCACCCUGACCAUUGGCAAGCCCGCAGUCUCGGACCACUUUAUCGAGCAGUCGCGCGCUGAGGCCAUUUCGGGCUGGCUCUAUGCACACAUUGUCGAGAUCGAGUCGCUGAGCAGCCAUCCGCUGGCCGCCGCCAUUUGUGCGUAUAUCCGCGAGCACACGCAGUCGGACUCGGUGCGUGCGCAGCUGCUUGAGCACCAGGAGCUGCCUGGCCGCGGCAUGCAGGCGACUGUCGAGCUCCCAGCAGAGAUUGCCCACGCGCUUGGCUGGACUGGAGUUACCACUGCCCAUCUGCUUGUUGGCAAGGAGGCGUGGGCCAAGGAGGAGGGCUGCCUGAUGGAGGUCCCCAUGGGCACACGCGCGCAGUGGGCCUCCAGUGGCUACACAUCGGUUGCUGUUGCAUUGGUGCCAAUUGGCCGCAGCAUGCGCGGCAAGGUGCGUCCGGAGUCGCGCGAGGUUGUGCGCCAGCUGAAGCGUCGCGGAAUCGAGGUCUGGAUGAUCUCCGGCGACCAGCAGGCGGCGGCCAAUGCCAUUGCAGCACAGCUCGGUAUCGACCAUGUCAUGGCCGGCGUUCUGCCCGAUCAGAAGUCCGAGACCAUCCGCACGCUGCAGCGCCGUGGCAAGUCGGCCGAUGAUGCGAGCGAGAGCGACUUCAAGGAGGGGCAGUCUGUGAAGUCUACGCUCUCAAAGCGCCCGUUUGCCAAGGUCGCCAUGGUCGGCGAUGGAAUCAACGACGCGCCGGCGCUGGCGCAGGCUGAUGUCGGAAUUGCUGUGGGGUCAGGCACGGCUGCUGCUAUGGAGACGGCGCCGGCGCUGCUGAUGCGGCCGACGCUGCUCUCGUUGCUGACACUGCUCGACCUGUCCCGCAUUGUGUUCCGCCGCGUCAAGCUCAACUUUGUGUGGGCGUCCAUGUACAAUGUCGUGUGCAUUCCGAUCGCAGCAGGCAUCCUGUACCCAGCCAUCAACCGCGGACUGCCACCAGUUAUCGCUGGUCUCCUGAUGAUUGCCAGCAGCCUGACGGUCAUGAUGAGCAGCCUGUCGUUGAAGCUCUUCCGCGAACCAAAUAUCCGCGCCUACAUCCCGAAGCAUGUCAACCGGGACAGCAUUGUCAGGUGCUUUGCCGACAAGAACACUGAGUUCAUCGAUGUGGCGACCGAGCAGGAGGCUGUUGACCUCGAGGCGGCUAACAAGGACCCGUUCUUAGUCUUUGAAGAGGACCACUUUAUCUUCCACAACUCACCCGAAGGGACAACAGCUACAAACCCGGCAGUUGUCUAUUUCGUCCCGACCGGCUCUUCCAUUGAUCCCCCUAUGGAGGUACCUGAAUUCAGCAGCGUUCUGGUUUACUACGACAAUAUCGAUCUCGGGGAUUUCGUGCAGACCGUUAAAAGGAUGGUCAGCUGUUUCCAAGGGUUGUUUGUCGUGGCAUAUGACAACAAGUUCAAGUGUGUUGAGGCGGAGGACACUGACAACAGCAUCGAUGAGCAUGGUCUCAAGCGUCUACCUGACGGACAGUUUAGACUCAAAGACUAUCUCGACUAUGAAGGAUACCAUUCGUACUACGCGGACGAGAAUCGGCAUGAUGAGGAACCAGACUAUGCAGGAAUAGACAUCUCAAGUGGAUUUUUGAUGAUGUACCCAGGUGAUGACUCGAUCUUUACCAGCGAGACAAUCGACGGCAUUGUCUAUCUCAAGUUCGAUAACCAGCUCCAUUUCGAGUACGAUGGCAGCGCGCUGGGUACAUACACUUCGACUCUAAAGACCUAG